GAAAUGCAUCGCAGCACGCGGCACUCGGAGAGGAAGUGAAGAGAGGAAUACUGCGAGUUUCGGCUGGCUUUAAUCAAUUUCAGGCUUUGCUUCCUCGCUAUGGACGCUACAGUGUUUCAGGAAACGAGGACAAAUGAACUCAAAUACGGGUUAAAGAGAAGGUGCCAGAUGUAAGACAACACUGCCGCGGGCCGACGACUCAGAUGUCCUUCAGCGGGAACUCAGAUGGGAACGAAAUGGCGAGGGACUCCUGAGCUGCUAACUCUGAUACCCGAUAGCUCCUUCGCCAUCCCCGCCCUCCCACAGCAGGAACGUCCGAUGAUCUCUGGCAGACUUGCAGAAGCCGCAGAGGAGAGCAGGGGCCCGACCCUCAGCCAGUAAGAGAGCUCCUCUCAGUUCUUUGCCGCAAAGUUGCGAGAAGCAGCCAUGAAAAGCGGGGAGGACAACUGAGGAGCCUCCAUGCCCAAGCCCGCCUUGUGAGAGUGCUCGGCUUGAGGAGAAAGUAUUUUUCAGGAGCUCCUAAAACGCCACUCCAGGAAAUGUUCGUUCUAACUGCUGCUCUUCACCAAUGCCCUCGUGUCUGUAGAGUGCAGGCUUGUGCCUGUCCAUGCUUGGUGCCAAAAUCACGAUGUCUCUUAAUGGCUUGAGUUGGAAUACAAGAAUAUGUCACAUAUUUUGAAAAAGAUGAGGUUUUUGAACUCACUGUAAGUUGCUCUGAAAGAUAUAAAAAGGAAGCAAAAGUGAUAAAUGGACAGGACAAUGUGCAACAUCUCUUUCUGCCAAGUGGACUCAAAUAUUGACCACCUUUUCCAGCCAACAUUGUACAUCAUUGUUAUCGUCCUGGGUCUGCCUGCCAACUGCAUGGCACUGUGGGCCGCCUACAUGCAGGUCAGACAGAAGAACGAACUGGGGAUCUACCUGAUCAACCUCUCGGUCGCUGACCUCCUGUACAUCGCCACCCUGCCCCUGUGGAUCGACUACUUCCUCCACCACGACAACUGGAUCCACGGGCAGGAGUCCUGCAAGCUGUUCGGCUUCAUCUUCUACACCAACAUCUACAUCAGCAUCGCCUUCCUCUGCUGCAUCUCGGUGGACCGCUACCUGGCCGUGGCCCACCCGCUGAAGUUCGCCAAGAUCCGCCGGGUCAAGACGGCGGUGCUGGUGAGCACAGUGGUCUGGGUGAUCGAGAUCGUGGCCAACUCGGCGCCCCUUUUCCACGACGAGCUCUUCAAGGACCGCUUCAACCACACCUUCUGCUUCGAGAAGUACCCCAUGCAGGAGUGGGUGGCGGGCAUGAACCUCUACCGCAUCUUCCUGGGGUUCCUCUUCCCCUGGGUGCUCAUGCUCUUCUCCUACCGGGGCAUCCUGCGCGCCAUCCGGGGCAACAUCUCCACCGAGAAGCAGGAGAAGGCCAAGAUCAAGCGGCUGGCCCUCAGCCUGAUCAUGAUCGUUCUCUUCUGCUUCGCGCCCUAUCACGUCCUGCUGCUCUCACGGAGCGUCUUCUUCCUCUUCAGGCCGUGCGACUGCAGCUUUGAGGAGGACCUCUUCACCGCCUACCACGUCUCGCUGGCCCUCACCAGCCUCAACUGCGUGGCCGACCCCAUCCUGUACUGCUUCGUCAAUGAGGGCGCCCGCCACGACGUCACCCGGGCCCUGACUGCCCUCGUGAACGCCUUCAACCGCGGCUCGGCGGCAGAGACAGUCACCAGCGGCUCCAUCACCGUGGAGACGCCGCUGUCCACCAAGAAGCCGAGCUUCUACAACGACGCCAAGCCCAGCACGUACAAGACUGAGCUGGUGGCCCUCAAAGAGGAGUGCCUUCAGAUGACAAUACUCAGUGUUAAGAAAUGAACAGCCUUCAGCCAGAAAAAAACAUGUCACUGUGUUUUCCUUUUUUGUUCCUUCUGUGAUUUGGCUCAGUGAAAGCUCAGUGCACAUCAGGUUUUAACAGUCGUCAAUGGUUCUGCAAGUACCAUUCACUACCGUUUCAAUUUUAACUGUUUUCAAAAACUGUGGUAUCAGCUCUCUCAGAGGAGAUGUUUCAGAGCAAUCGUGUGCUAAUGUUCUCAUCCACGGAAAGUCAUUUAACUUAAGGAAUAGAAGUUACGA